GAGUAGUGUUAUCUUUGAGUCAGGAGAAGGAGGUGGAAUUAAUUCUGUCAUGAGCUCAUUUUGUUGUUUUUAAGGUAUUAUGUGAUUUGUAGGUUGAAAGUUUUUUUUGUUUUUGUUUUACAUAUAUAGCCAUCGGUGUUAAAGGGAAGUUACUGUAUCUUUUGUUUAAUUCACAACAUCUGAAUUCUUUAAUUUUUUUUAUUCUUUUAUUUUGUGGGAAGUAUUGUCACAUGAUUAAAUGGGCAACCAGAAGUGGUUCACGGGACCAAUACCCUCUAGUGGUGAACCAUCAGAGUUUCUAAACGUCUUGAAACAGUGUGACUUAACGAAGUUUCCUUUGAUGAAAUCAUGGGCCUUGCCGGUUUGAUACACACACAUCACUGGGCAUCACAGGAGCUUCACUUCACUAGUUUGAGUCUUUAUCUCACAGGUAGGUCUUUCAGGGUUGCCUGGAGUGAAAAGGUAUCCAAAGGACUGCAACUGGUCAGGGUGUUCCUCAGGGAUCAGUUUUAGGACCCCUCAUUUUCUUCAUAUUCACGACAUCACUGGGACCUACAGACCUAAAUACAGGCACAUGAUUUCUCCUACCAUACUCUUACAUCAUUACACAUAUUUGGAUCCUCUAACAUUAACUUUAUCUAUUUAAUCUCUUGUCUAUCUACUUUUUAUUCUUUUUAUUUAUUAUGUGUUCUGCGUUAGAUUACCCAGAACUUGUCACAACAUUUAUCUAUUGUUGUUUUGAUUGUUUCUAUUCCUCUCAUUUGUAAGUUGCUUCAGAUAAAAACAUCUGCUAAAUAAUUUAAAUGUAUAUAUAAAGUAUUGUAUAAAAUUAGAUGUUAUUAUGGGACUACACAUUACUUUAUAACAAAAACUUGCCUUAGAAGAAUAUAGUCAAGCAAAUCAGGUAAACAUGUUAGCUACAGACUAACUAGCCGUUGCUAAUUCUUUAAUGUAUAAUGUAUGGCCCACUUUGACUUUAUGCUGUGCAGGUGCAGCCGUCCCAUGUGAUAAUGUCCUGGUUUUUAUUGGCGAUGAUGCAAUAUCCUGGAAUUAACAAUAAAACACUGAAAAGAAAGGUUUGGGUGUGGGGAAAGAUAAAGCAGGUUUCACAGUAUCUCUAACAGGAGAGCAAAGUACGAUGCAUCAAGACAUAGAAAAACUGGUUCUGUACAAUUGCUGUCAGAACUUUUACUGGUCAAGGAUUGGAAAGCAUCAUGGCUGAAGCUUUGUCCUGUUUUGAGGAGGAUUUCACAUGCAUCAUCUGUUGUGAUGUCUUCACCGAUCCGGUCACGCUGAAAUGUAGCCACAGUUUGUGUGAGAAAUGUCUCCAGCGUUUCUGGACGACUCAGGACGUGCCGCGGUGUCCAGUCUGUCGGAAGGAAUGCUCUCACGACGAACCCACCAAGAGCCUGGCGUUCAGAGCACUCUGUGAGACCUUCAAGAAGAGGAAACCCUCCGCUGUUUCAGGAGACGUUUGUCCAGAACAUAAAGAGGAACUCAAACUCUUCUGCUUUAAGGACCAGCAGCCCAUCUGUUUGGUCUGUUACACGUCAAAGAAGCAUGAAAAUCACAAGUGUUCUCCUGUCGACGAGGCCGCUGGGAAUUUAAAGAGAGAUCUCAAGACACAAAUGAACAAACUUCAAGAGACCCUUGAUAAACUCAAGAAAGCCCGUGAGAGCUGUGUGAAACAGGCUGAGCUCAGUAAGGAACACAUCAGUAUGACAGAAAACCAGAUCAAGAAGGAAUUUGAGAAGCUCCAUCAGUUUCUCCGAGACGAGGAGGAGAAACACAUCAGAUCAUUCCAGAAAGAAAUGCAACCUCAAGAGGAGAAACUCAAGGCUAGAAUGAAGGAGCUGUCCAAACAGAUAUCAGAUCUGUCUGAGAGGAUGGCAGCCGUCUGGCAGGACAUGGAAGAAAAAAACAUCACAUUUGUCCAGAAUUACAGUGAUACAAUAAAAAGACUCCAAUCCCCGUCAGCACCAAAUACGACCCUUAGACUACAGAAGUACCAACACUAUCCCAUUCAGACAAUCAUUUUCACCACCUGGGCCAGGAUGCAGAAUCUUGUUGAACACCCUCCUGUGACUCUGGAUCCAGACACAGCCUCCAGUAAACUACAGGUGUCAGAGGAUUACACCAGUUUUCGCUAUGUCGAAAUGCAAAUGCACAACUUUGAUAACCCAGAGAGGCUGUGUGUGGGAGUGCUGGCGUCGCAGGGCUUCAGCUCAGGUGUGCACUGCUGGGACGUAGACGUGAGAGAAAACGACCACUGGAUGUUGGGAGUGGUUGGGGAAACAGUGAACCACAAAAGACUUUACAGAAUGGAUCCAAGGAGUCGUUUUUGGUGUUUACGUUUUAUUGAUGGUGAAUACAAAAAAGGUUAUAAACCUGUCAGAUGUAUUGAUGAGUGGCCAAGUAUCAUCCGACUGCAGCUGGACUUUGACAAAGGAGAGCUGAGAUUCACUGAACCCUUCAGAAACAGGGUUUUAUGCACCUACACCGGUGGAUUUCCAGAGAAGGUGUUCCCAUAUUUCUGUAGUGGAGAUUUUUUUAAGUCACUGUAUCUUUUUCCGGCAUAUAAAGGACACUUCUAACAUGAUUUUUUCCCUAUUUCAAUGUGUUGCUAUUGACAGUAAUGUCGGGGGUAAUUUAUCAGAUGUGAUGACCUCAUUGUGAUUAUUUAAUAAUGGGUUCUCAAUGGAUUUAAUUCUCAGGGAAAGCAAGAGCUGAUGAAAUGUGUACCUUGAUCGGAUAAAAGAGUCUAAAUCAACAAAUAUAAAUGUUAAUCAAGCAAUGUGUUCAGUAUAAAGGGCGAUGUAUUAAUAAUAAGCCAGAUUUAAAUCUAAUUAUCAAUGUAAAUAUGUAAAACAUGAUAAAAAUCAAUAAAGACUGAUUUGGAGCAGAGGUGUGAUGUGAUUGAAGUUGUGAUGUCGCCAGUGUCUACCAAGCCAAUUGGUUCGGGUUAAUGGCGAGCAGAGUGUGUCAGAAUAAAGAAACACACAAAAAGUC